GCCGCUCAAAAAGCAAGGCUUACUCAAAGCUCAAUAUCCAGAAAAGUGGGCUAGACCUUGGAAGUGGAUCAAGGAGGCAAGAGAGAUUGCGGAACCAGUGUGCCAGUCGUUGUAGUUCUCGGUGGGAAGCCAAUUCUGCGGACCGGUAGUGGGAAGCUCUUGCACCGUUUCCGGCCACCUCAGCGGGAAUCGCAGACGCAAGGAGUUGGCUUGUAGUGAACUGAGCUGGAGGUGUAACUGUUGUUGCGGCGGAAAAAGUGAAGACGACACCCAAGGUUGUGCGGGCCAGUGCUGCGUCCCAGUAGUCUGUGAAGAUGGUGUUGCUAACAAUGAUUGCCCGGGUGGCGGACGGGCUCCCGCUGGCCGCCUCGAUGCAGGAAGACGAACAGUCUGGCCGGGACCUUCAGCAGUACCAGAGUCAAGCUAAGCAACUCUUUCGAAAGUUGAAUGAACAGUCCCCUACCAGAUGUACCUUGGAAGCAGGAGCUAUGACUUUUCACUACAUUAUUGAACAGGGGGUGUGUUAUUUGGUUUUGUGUGAAGCAGCCUUUCCCAAGAAGUUGGCUUUUGCCUACCUAGAAGAUUUGCACUCAGAAUUUGAUGAACAGCAUGGGAAAAAGGUGCCCACUGUGUCUAGACCCUAUUCCUUUAUUGAGUUUGAUACCUUCAUUCAGAAAACCAAAAAGCUCUACAUUGAUAGUCGUGCUCGGAGAAACCUAGGCUCCAUCAACACUGAAUUGCAAGACGUGCAGAGGAUCAUGGUGGCCAACAUUGAAGAAGUGUUACAACGGGGAGAAGCACUCUCAGCAUUGGAUUCAAAGGCUAACAAUUUAUCCAGUCUCUCCAAGAAAUACCGCCAGGACGCGAAAUACUUGAACAUGCGUUCCACUUACGCCAAACUUGCAGCCGUAGCUGUAUUUUUCAUCAUGUUAAUAGUGUAUGUGCGAUUCUGGUGGCUGUGAAGUAGUGAAUGUAGUCACUGGUAAAGGAGAAACUAGAACCUGACAGGUGUAUGUUUUCAGGAAGCUGCGCUUACAGGGAUGUGUAUUAGAAUCCAAGUGGAACUUCUGCCUCUAAAGACCUUGCAAGAACAAGUCCUGAAAAUGAAAGGUUACACCUCAUUUAAUGAAGCUUAACCUUAUGCAGAAAGUCUCUUUGGGGGGCAGAGGCUUUCUCUGGGUGCUAAGCCAUAUAUGUUAGGGAACAGUAGAUAGUUUUAUUUUGUUUUUUCUUUCCCAGUACAUUUUUAAAAUAUCACUGACUGGGGCAUUCUCAUUCUCUAAUGGAGCCAUCAGUGAGGUUUAGCUUAGCCAGCCUGUGCUAGCAACAUUCUUAAAUUCCUUGAAAGAAGGCAGCCCUUUGGGAAGAUUUUUGACUCUGAUCAACAUUCCUUUUGUUGGUGACAGUUGUGAUUUUCAGUAAUCUAAGUUUUUGAUGGCCUUUCAAACAAGACUCCAGUAUGUGAAGGUUAAUCGCUGUGCUGCACAGAUCUUGUCUGUUGGCCCCUGUAGGAAGUUAACCUUUGUUGUUUUCCUUCUGUAUUUUGCUUAUUGCACAAUUGCUUUAGGGUUAAAUGAAUUAUAUUGAGAUGCCUUGAAAUUAUAUUAUAGCACUCCUCAAGUAAGAGACUAAAACGUUUUCUCUCAUUUACUCCUUCUAUAAGACUUAAAUUAGUUUGGGACAUUAUUGAUUUUAUUUUGCGGCAUCUGGUUUAUGUUAAUAUAAGAAAGAGUGAGUAUAGCACAUGGAUAGUGAGGCCUCUGGCUUAAGGGAAAGGAAGGCCCAGCUCAUAACUAUGGUUUUGUCCUGCCCCUUCCUCACUUUCUCUUCCACAGUUUUUCUCACUCUUUUGUUUUCCUCCUGCCACAAUUUGCUAACAUUUUAAAAUUUCCCUGGGCCCAAUAGUUUUAUGUUCCAUAAACAUCUUCUCAGGAUAUUCUCAAAUUUCCAAAUGGAAAAUGUUCAGCAAUGUAGUUAAAGUUUUUGCAGAUCAGCUACUCAAACUACUAAAUACACUCACCUGAGAAAGUCUGAGAGCACCUCAUUCCUGUUUCAGUUUAUGUAAAUUCUCUGAGAAUGACCUAGAGACAGCUAAAUAAUUAAAGUACCUAUGAUUUUUUCCUUUUUUGCUCACGGAUGAUGGGGAUUUCCUUUUACCUUCUGGGGUAGAAUUUUUUAUAUGGGGAGAAUAGGCCUUUUAAAUAUUAUCAUAAUAUAAACCUAUUAACUCCUGCAUAUACUGCAAAUAUUUCUUUAAAUUAUAUAGAAAAAUGAGCCAACUUCUUAAAACCUUUGAAAGAAAUUUAACCAGUAAGCAAUUUUAUAAUCCAGAGGGUUCAUCAAAGCCACUGUCCUUAUUGCUGGUAGAGAAAAAGUCUUACUUUCUUAUAACAAAGCAAGGGGAAAUGCAUAUUUUAUUCCUGAUAAUUUACAGAACUAGAAUUGUUUUUUCCUUUCUAUUAUGGACCGAAAUCUGCCAGUUGGAGUUUUGUGCAUGAAGUAUAUGGAAUUGCUUUUUAUAGAGAAUAAGUGCUUUUAAGUCCUUAAACGGCCUCUAAGUAAUGAUGUUGGUAAUAGCCUUUGAAAGGCUGGAACCUAAGUAGUGGUACCAUAGCAUUUGGUGCUUCUGUAGGACUGGAGAGUGGCAGCUCAUUGUUUAGAGUUGCAUGCUGCAAUCUAAUGGUCAGCACUGAAAUAAAUACUUCUAGAAUGUU